CACCCGGCCACAGAGAAGUGGGUGACUUAGGAGUAUCCUCUCCACUUCUGACCCUUAGUUUCGUCUGUGCACAACUUGCUCAAAAUGGGCAACUCACUAAGCGUAUUUUGUUCCUGGUCCCACUGCAGGUCCUGGCCAUGCCAUCAGCAACCUGCUCGUCUUGUCCGUGAGGCCUUCCCAGCCGGCCGGGCUGCCCCCACGGCUCCUGCACGUGUGCCUGCCCCGGGAAUCUGGGGCCGUUUCCCACUCCUCUUCAACUGUCAGCGACAUCUUGGGCCUUCUUUUCCAGUCAGGUGGGACAGCGACCCUAUGAGGCUGUGUCUUAUCCCUCGGAACACAGGCACCCCACAGAGGGUCCUGCCUCCUGUGGUCUGGAGCACCCCCUCAAGGAAGAAACCCGUGCUGUCUGCUCGCAACUCUGUGAUGUUUGGACACCUCAGCCCCGUGAGGAUCCCUCAUCUCAGAGGCAAGUUUAACCUUCAACUUCCUUCAUUAGAUGAGCAGGUGAUCCCAGCCAGGCUCCCGAAGACGGAGGUGAGGGCAGAAGAGCCCAAAGAAGCAACGGAGGUGAAAGACCAGGUAGAGACCCAGGAGCAGGAGGACAAUAAAAGGGGCCCCUGUAGCAAUGGGGAAACAGCCUCCACCUCUAGGCCCCUGGAGACUCAGGGAAACCUCACUUCCUCCUGGUACAAUCCCAGGCCCUUGGAGGGAAAUGUCCACCUCAAGAGCUUGACAGAAAAGAACCAGACUGACAAGGCCCAGGUGCAUGCAGUGAGUUUCUACUCCAAGGGCCAUGGAGUCGCCAGUUCACACAGCCCUGCUGGAGGCAUCCUUCCCUUUGGGAGGCCUGACCCACUUCCAACAGUGCUCCCUGCCCCAGUUCCGGGCUGCUCCCUGUGGCCAGAGAAGGUGGCCUUGAAGGUGCUGGGUAAAGACUACCUGCCCAGCUCUCCAGGCUUGCUGAUGGUGGGGGAGGACAUGCAGCCCAAGGAUCCUGCAGCUCUUGGAACAAGUAGGUCUUCUCCACCCAAAGCUGCCGGCCACAGGUCCCACAAAAGAAAACUGUUGGGGCCACCGCUGCAGCUGCAACUGACCCCUCCCCUGCAACUGAGGUGGGAUAGAGACGAGGGGCCCCCACCAGCUAAGCUUCCAUGUCUAUCUCCUGAGGCACUGUUGGUGGGUCAGGCUUCCCAAAGAGAAGGACACCUCCAGCAGGGCAACAUGCAUAAGAACAUGAGGGUGUUAAGUAGAACAUCAAAAUUCAGGAGACUAAGACAGCUGCUUAGGAGGAGAAAGAAGAGACGGCAGGGCAGGUGUGGUGGCUCACGCCUGUAAUCCAGCACUUUGGGAGGCCCAGGUGGGCGGAUCAGGAGGUCAAGAGACUGAGACCUGAGAAGCAUCUCUGCCUGCACCAUCUGGGAAGUGAGGAGCGCCUCUGUCCAGCUGCCCCACCGUCUGGGAAGUGAGGAGCGCCUCUGCCCGGCUGCUCCACCAUCUGGGAAGUGAGGAGUGCCUCUGCCUGGCCGCCACACCGUCUGGGCAGUGAGGAGUGCCUCUGCCGGGCCCCCGCCCUAUCUGGGAAGUGACGAGCGCCUCUGCCCAGCCGCCUCACAGUCUGGGAAGUGAGGGGCGCCUCUGCCUGGGCCCUGCCCCGUCUGGGCAGUGAGGAGUGCCUCUGCCAGGCUGCCGCCCUGUCUGGGAAGUGAGGAGUGCCUCUGCCCGGCUGCCGUCCUGUCUGCGAAGCGAGGAGUGCCUCUGCCUGGCCCCCUUACACCAUGGGAAGUGAGGAGCGCUUCUGCCUGGCCACUGCCCCGUCUGGGAAGUGAGGAGCACCUCUGCCCAGCCGCCCACCAUCUGGGAAUUGAGGAGGAGCACUGCCUCUGCCUGGCCUCCACCCCAUCUGGGAAGUGACGAACACCUCUGCCUGGCCACCUCAUGGUAUGGGAAGUGAAGAGCACCUCUGCCCAGCCGCUGCCCCGUCUGGGAAGUAAGGAGCACCUCUGCCUUGCCGCCGUCCUGUCUGCGAAGUGAGGAGUGCCUCUGCCCGGCCCCCUCACCAUCUGGGAAAUGAGGAGCGCCUCUGCCUCACCGCCAUCCUGUCUGCGAAGUGAGGAGGGCCACUGCCCAGCCGCCGCCAUGUCUACGAAGUGAGGAGUGCCUCUGCCCGGCCCCCUCACCGUCUGGGAAAUGAGAAGCGCCUCUGCCUCGCCACCAUCCUGUCUGCGAAGUGAGGAGGGCCUCUGCCUCGCCGCCGUCCUGUCUGCGAAGUGAGGAGUGCCUCUGCCCGGCCCCCUCACCAUCUGGGAAGUGAGGAGCAUCUCUGCCCGGCUGCUGUGCAACCUUCCAAGUGUGAAGUGACAGCCUUGUGUGUGAUCUUUCUGCCCUCCCCAAGUUUGCAUUUUUGACAUUAAAGUUUACUUUUUAAUUUAAAAAAAGGAGAUCGAGAUCAUUCUGGCCAACAUGGUGAAACUCCAUCUCUACUGAAAAUACAAAAAUUAGGCGGGCAUGGUGGCUUGUGCCUGUAGUCCCAGCUACUCGGGAGGCUGAGGCAGGAGAAUGGCUUGAACCCGGGAGAUGGAGGUUGCAGUGAGCCAAGAUCGCACCACUGCACUCCAGCCUGGUGACAGAGCAAGACUCCGUCCUGAAACAAUGUUGUAGUUGAGAGCAGGAUGGUCUUUUGGGACAGGAGGAACAAGAGGUUCUGGUUGCCACUCUUCAAUGAGUUCUUCUUUUUCCUUGACUGUAAGAUCAGAUCGUUCUUGUAAUUUGUAAGUCUUAGAGAAAAGAAGUCUGAUUAUCCAGAGUAUCAGAAUCCCUUCCAAAAUAAGAUGGUAAUCAGGAGCCUCGUAAAGUGCCUGUACCAUCUCCACCAGAACCCACUGCUCCAUGGCGGUCACCAGAGUUAGCCACUUCCUUCCGGAAGGCGGGUCACAAGCACAUCCUCGGGUUUGAUGUUUUAAAGCAUCUCAUAUUAAACAGGCUCCAAGAGGACUACAAAUUUAACUAAUUCAAGAGUGACACAUGCAGAGUACAAGAAGUAACUCACGAAAGAAGAAAUCUAUACAAAUGCAUGCUAGGACAGAACUUACUUUGCAAAUGUAUGGCAUAAAAUCGAUCCAGACAAGUAAAAACCACAAGUUAAGUAGGAGUUAGCAGCGUGUCACUGUAAUUCUAAAAAUUAAUAAAAUACUGCAUUAUCCAAAUAAGAAUGGCAUAUAAGGCUAAGUGUGUCACUGUAUUCCAUUCUAGUGGGAUAAUUUUUAGAUUAUCAUAUUCAUUUUGAAACCCCAUAUAUAGUGAAAGAAAUUUCAGCAUACUGGGUUCCAAUCUUAGCUUUGCCACUAACAAACUGGCUAUCUCAUGGAAGCAAUCAGAGUUUGGCCUUGCCCUAGAGCCCUGGGAGAUAACUUCUAAGUCCUUGGAAUGUCGUGUCUGCUAAAUGUGGCUGUUUACCUGGGAGAGUCACGUCCCCAACUCUCCUCAUCUUCAGAUCCUGUAAAUUGAGGACAUCAGGCCAGAAUCAUACUAAAAUCACCACACAGAUCUUAAAUCCUUUGUUCAACAGGAAAAGAUAUUAUUAAAAAUCGUUGGGGAGAUCGAAUCACAGUACCUUUGUAUGCAAAGAGAUGUUUCGCAGGAGGCUAUGGGCUACCACUGGCUGAUGAGUUAUCACAGGGGCCAGGUCAGAGGCCCUGGCUCACAGGAAUCUAUAGCUGAGACUUUUAGCAGCUCCCGUAGUCUUUCUUUAGUUAUAAGGCCCUCAUUUUA